UGAUCACUUUUUUAUAUCUAUUUGAAUAAUUACAUAUCGUAUAUAGUUUUUGGGAAUAUAUAGAAGGUGCGUUUAUUAACCUUACCUUAUAUGGGGUUGCACACUUUUCAUCAUUCACACACUAUAUCCAGCCAAAAUGUCAUCCCGCAAGGCUGGAAAGAAGAUUACAAAGAAGCGUGCCCAGCGUGCCACUAGCAAUGUUUUUGCUAUGUUUGACCAGGCUCAGAUUCAAGAGUUCAAAGAAGCCUUCAAUAUGAUUGAUCAGAAUCGAGAUGGAUUUAUUGAUAAAGAUGAUCUUCAUGAUAUGUUAGCUUCACUAGGAAAGAAUCCCACUGAUGAAUAUUUAGAUGGCAUGAUGAAUGAAGCUCCAGGACCCAUCAACUUCACAAUGUUCCUUACAUUGUUUGGUGACCGCCUCCAGGGUACAGAUCCUGAGGAUGUCAUCAAAAAUGCAUUUGGAUGUUUUGAUGAAAAUAAUCAAGGUUACAUCAAUGAAGAACAUCUUAGAGAACUCCUUGUAUCCAUGGGCGAUCGCUUCACAGAUGAAGACGUAAGUUUUGCAUGUUGCUUCUUUACUGUCUCUUCACAAGUUGCAUAUACAGUUUACAAGGUCUUUAGUACAUUGAGGGUUCAAAUCCAAGGGACACUAGAGUUGGCACAAUGGUCCCUUGAUCCCCAAAAUAUUGAGUAUGAACCCUUUACUUCAUUAGUUGCAAAAAUUGACUAGAGAAAUUUAGUUCCG